AUGGAAUUUCCUGGAGGAUCCAUCACAAACAUACGCGUCAUUGAUGGGUUCUCCAAUAUCUACUGGAGGAUUUACACGGAGGAUACCGGCAGUUCUAACCCUCCAGCUGACGGCCUUAAUAGCGGGCAUACCAUCUUAAAACAUAUCAGCCGUCUCAAAGAGCUCGAGCUUAGGCUCCGGAGUUUAGGCUGCUUAGUGUUAAGUUACCCUAGGCGUCUCGGCCUCUUAAUAUUUUCUGCUACUCCGGACUUUGAACAUCUUUCAUCAUUGCUUUCAAAUGACAAGAAAGAGGAUUCAAACCGGCUUUUUGUCGGCUCUACCGCCCUGAAAGUUUGGACGUCCGGCAGCGUCUCUUCUGGCGAUCUAACAAAGAGCCUUCGAUCAGACGUUAUUCAGCCCACAAACGCCAACUCGCCCGCUGCAUCGCAGCGACUACAGGGCGGCUCUGCGCCCCCGAGGCGGGUGGACAAUUCGGGUGGUUCAGCGGCCAUCUACGCCUCCUUUAUCUCGGCUGUCACUGCCGCAUUUAGUCUGCAAAUCGUCCGGCAGAACAAUGCCAUCCCACUUGGGCCACGUACCCUCUUCAAUACGGUUGAAAGCGAGUCCGGCGAGGGUCGAGGCAUUCUCAACGAUGGCCCUACUUCUGUUUCAGCUCUCACCUCCCUCCAGGUUCAAUUGACCUCUAAUGGAAGGUUAACCGUUGCGCUGCAAACCAUAGCACAGACCGGGCUUACCCGGCUCGGUCACCUCGACGGAGAUUUGUCUGGACUUUCUAACGUUUCACCUGGGACUGACCUCUGGCUGGCGCCCAAUGGGUCCAUAGCAAGACUGGUAGCGACGCCGACCGGGAAUGACAGCUCGCCACAACCACUCUCCAGUUUUGAGUCUGAAUGGAAGUCAAAUGUUCGACAAUGGUUGAGUUAUUUUGGGCUUCCUAUCGACAUCAUCACUGAUGAAGGCUGGUUGGAGGUAGAGGUUUGGGAACCUUUUUAUGCUAAACUGUCCGGAGAAGCCGCUCGGAAUAAAGUGGAGAAUUCUCCACUUCCAUUGAAGCGUAUCAUCUGGCCUGCCGCCUAUUGCUUUACCAGGACCAAGUCAACUAAUCCUGAAGCCUUUGAUAGCGCCGAAGUAUUGCCUUCUUUUGACUGUGACCCUUUGGACUUCGCAGAGACUUGGUGUUCUAAAGAGAUUCCCAAGGCUGUUGAGACAUAUAUAAAGCAACCCUCCGAGCAAGAACGCAAAACAACCAUCCAGAAUACGUUAUCUCCAAGCCAAUCAAACUUCCCCGGUGGGAUUGAAAGUCUAUCUCGGGCUUCAUUGUACGCCGACCUUCAGACAGCAAGUCUUGUCUAUCCAACUCCUCCAGAUGGAACUGCCGGCAUAGGGGUCAAUUCCGGUGCAUCCGCCGAUAUAUUCGGUGAAGACUCGGACCAUAGCUUCCGGACGCAAGCCGUACAGCAACAUGAUGUCCGGCUUGUCGGGAAAGACCGAUCUGGCUCUGAUGUGACCAUGGGAUUCGGCCCUUCUGCUGGGCUUGCUGUCGGAUCUGGUCUUUAUGAUACCAAUGAAGACGACGACCUAUUCGGGGACAUGAACGGACGGGAUUUCGGUACAAAAGGGAUAACUGAUGCAGAUUUCAGCUUCUUUGAUGAUCCUGAUUUCGAUCCCACCAGCAAUGAUAUCACUGCAGAUGAUAUGAACGUCGAUGGUGUUGAGGAGGUUUCUAAAUUUGUUGACACCCAACAACCAGAUACUAUCGACUUGCCGGAUUUGGAGGUGCCUUCACCCGGUAAGAUCGCAAUAGAAGAAUCCUACGCCCAGCCGAGUCCGGAACAACCUGCUAUUACACCACCUAACCUACCUAUUCCUGAUGCCAGCGCACUAGCAUCUUCACCGCAUCAUGACCGAAUCCAGACAAUCAGUCCUCCUCUCAGCCCCGUAGAGGUGAAGAGGAUACUGUUUCCGGAGCCCACUCCCAGUGCUCAGGGCACCAUAAAAUCCACGCAUGCGCCUAGUUAUUACAGUCCAGUUGCUUUCAGAAACAACAUUUCUUCAUGGGACCAAAAAUACGGUGCCGAUGGAAAGUUUGCGUUUAUAGGAGCGGAUACUUCAAACAAGGACCCCGCCAACCCUUCAAAUGGCAUUCCGACGAUUGGCCUCCCGCCACGGAAGAGCAACGUCAAAGUACCUGGUCUUUCUAAAACUCUCGAUGAACAAGGAAGCCCUCCAAAUGUGACCGGCCAAGGGAUAAUGUCAGAUCCCGAUUCCAGCAGCGAAACGGACAACGAGAGUGACGAGAGUGAUCUGGAGAAUAACAUACCGUCCACAGCCUCUGUACCCCUCAAGCGAAAGCGCGUCCUUUCCUUUUCAGCGACUUCAACCGCACCGUCUUCAGAAAAAGUCCCCACCACUUCGUCUGAUCAGGAACUGGCCACUAUUUCGCGGUCUGAUGAUUCCAUCUUUUUAGGGAACUUCCUCUCGACAUUCUCGGACUGGUCGAUUACAGGAUUCUUUUCUGUGGCUGAAAACCAAGUCUUUCCAACUCUGACUUCCAGGGAAACGCAAGUCGAAAUUGCGCAGAUUUUAGUCGACCAAGUUACCCAGUCAUCAUUAGACCACAAACUUGAUGGAAAGUACGGCGUAUCCUGCCUUGAUAAUGAGGCAUUCUGUAUAGAGGAGCUUCUUGAGGGUACUGAUUUUUUGGGCGGUUUUGAGAAGCUUGACCUGAAUAGCUUCGUGUCACUGCAGGAGCAAAGUAUUCUAUCGCCUUCUGCAAUGAAUGCCCCUACCCCUCGGCCAAACGCUCAACGCAGAGAUUUUGGCAAAGGUUCAAUAACGAAACUGUUCCCACCGCAUCUGCGAGUCCGACGCGGCAAGGACUACCUGGAAACACUACCCCCUGCAAUAUAUUUCUGGGAAACAUUUGGUCUGGAACCUGCUCACGGACCAAAGGACAUCGCGAGCUAUUGCAUACAUCCUUGCGUUGCGACCAAUGCAGCCGACACAUUUUUGGAGCGAUUGACCCUUCUUUAUAGUGGCUGCAGCCUCGGUACGUUCACCAGGGGAGACCACUCCGGCGCAUUUGAGAAAGGUUUGGGGGGAUGGGAUGCAAGCUCAUCAAAACUGUCUAACUAUCAGACGUCGAUGCAACAGCUUAAGGAUAUUUGUGAAGAGCUCGGUACGUUAUACCUUUUCACCCAGCCAAACCCCACUAAUUCUUGA